GCUGGGGCGCGGACCCUCGGCAGGCUCCUGCUGCCUCGCUUCCUCCCUGCGUGGUCUUUUGCGCCAGGGAGGAGCUGGGUGUGCGUAAAAGCCGCAUCUUCCCCAGACGCUAUGGCUGAGUACGCCCGGGUGAGGUCCGGAGGGUCAGGGACCUUCCUGGCUCCCCUCCCAGAGAGCUCUGUAUAUAAGCCCAGCACGGAGGAAUCAAGGCCACAGGUCCUCGUUUUCUUGAGGCCUGGCCCCUCCCUCCCCAACCUUGCUCUGCUUAGCUCCAAAUUUACAAGUGUUUGCUCUUCCUUUCGGUGUUAGGGAGAGAAGCGGCGGAACGAGUUGAAAAUCAGCUCUGGCUUUCUGCCUCCAGCACACAGCUGUCUCCUUUCCCUCUGCCUCAUUUCCCCACAUUGCACGCUGGGGGACUUCUGCAGCCUCGCCUAUCCGGAGCGCUCGGUCCCGCAGCUGGGAACCCACUGAUGCUCUUUGACCCGGAGCUUCCCGAAAGGUGCCUGCCUCCGCGGGUGCUCCAGGCCACGCAGAGCUGUUUCUUCCUCUCCACCUCACUUCUCACUUCACCCACAGACCUCUCCUGCCAUCAUUUCAUCCAGCCUUAUAUAAAACACCGCCCCCCCACCGCCUCCGCCACCCUAGCCGGCGCAGCGCCCCCUCCCUCGGCUGCGCCUGGGCGGGCAGGGAGCUGAAGGGACCGGGACGCGCGGGAGGCGCUCAGAGCUCUCCAGCAGCCCGCUCUCGCCGCGCCUAGGGAAUUGGCUGUGGGCGAGGCGGCCCGAGCUGGCCUUUAUCGCUCGCCCCGCUGGUCGCUUGAAACUUUAUCAGCGAGUCUCGCCACUCGCCGCAGACGCGAACGGGGGGCGGGGGCGCGGCGAGGCGCCGGCGGCCGUGACGAGGCGCUCCCAGCGCUGAGCGCUUCUGCUCCGGGCACGCAUGGCGCCCGCACACGGAGUCUGACCUGAUGCGGACGCAAGGGGGUUAAUAUGAACGCCUGUCUCGUUGGAAUCUGGCUCUGGCUCCCUCUGCUCUUUACCUGGCUCAGCCCUGAGGUCAGCUCUUCAUGGUGGUACAUGAGAGCUACGAGUGGCUCCUCCAGGGUGAUGUGUGACAACGUGCCAGGCCUGGUGAGCCACCAACGGCAGCUCUGCCACCGACACCCGGAUGUGAUGCGUGCCAUCAGCCUGGGCGUGACCGAGUGGACGAUGGAGUGCCAGCACCAGUUCCGCCAGCACCGCUGGAACUGCAACACCCUGGACAGGGAUCACAGCCUCUUCGGCAGGGUCCUACUCCGAAGUAGCCGGGAAUCUGCAUUUGUUUACGCCAUCUCUUCAGCUGGAGUUGUAUUUGCCAUCACCAGGGCCUGUAGCCAAGGAGAAUUAAAAUCCUGUUCCUGUGACCCAAAGAAGAAGGGAACCGCCAAGGACAACAAGGGCACUUUUGACUGGGGUGGCUGCAGUGAUAACAUUGACUAUGGGAUCAAGUUUGCCCGAGCGUUUGUGGACGCCAAGGAAAGGAAAGGCAAGGAUGCCAGAGCCCUGAUGAAUCUUCACAACAACCGAGCCGGCAGGAAGGCUGUAAAGAGGUUCUUGAAACAGGAGUGCAAGUGUCAUGGCGUGAGCGGUUCCUGUACCCUGAGGACCUGCUGGCUGGCCAUGGCUGACUUCAGGAAAACGGGCAAUUAUCUAUGGAGGAAGUACAAUGGGGCCAUCCAAGUUGUCAUGAACCAGGAUGGCACUGGUUUCACUGUGGCUAACAAGAGGUUUAAAAAGCCAACGAAAAAUGACCUCGUGUAUUUUGAGAAUUCUCCAGACUACUGUAUCAGGGACCGAGAUGCAGGCUCCCUGGGUACAGCGGGCCGUGUGUGCAACCUGACUUCCCGGGGCAUGGACAGCUGCGAAGUCAUGUGCUGUGGCAGAGGCUACGACACCUCCCACGUUACCCGGAAGACCAAGUGCGAGUGUAAGUUCCACUGGUGCUGUGCCGUGCGCUGCCAGGACUGCGUGGAGGCCCUGGACGUGCACACGUGCAAGGCCCCGAAGAGCCCCGACUGGGCGGCUCCGACAUGACCCCGGAGGAGGCUACCAUCCAUCUUCCCUCCCACAAGGACUUCAUUGGAUCUGCAAGGACGCUGGGCCUUUGGGUUCUCUCUGGGAGACACUUCCUGAGGCACAGAAGCCCCUUCCCCCUCCCUGGGGGCCCAGGACUGGGGCCACAUGCUGCACACUCAGUCUGCCCUAUUUUCUCUGACUUCUGGCAUCCUGGGACAAGUCUCUUCCUGGUCACAACAGGUUGUUAGAGGAGCGGAGGGGCCAGGUCACUGUUCCCAGCCCCCUAGACAUUUCCUCUUUCUAGAGCAGAUGACCAGAGAGAAGAAGUGUCUCAAAUGAGCUUCCUCUGUGUUUUUCAACAAAUGUUCACAGUUAAGAAAUUCUAUACUUCUCUCUGGAGGGUAAAGUAAAGAAAGCAGGAUCAAUACCCACUGAUUUAACUUUAAUUUUUAAAAAGACCAAGCAAGGCUUUUGCCUGAUGAAGUGAUUUUCACAGCCUGCUACCUCUGGGGUAAUCGGUAAUUGGCUAGAGAAAAAUGGCUUUCAAUAAACUUCAGGUUUCAAAUGCAUGUAUUUCAAGGCAUUUGUUGCCAUAUUAAAAUCUGAUGUGACAAGGUGGGUCUGUUGUCCCUUGGUACAGUUUGGAAUCUGUGCAAUAGCAAAAGCCUCAGAAAGUGACUGCUUUGCAUUAUUGUUUGCUCAAUACAAAGAACCUUUUAGGGAAUGAGAUUUGAAGAGAAUUACAAAGGAGACUGAUGAUCUGGCAGUAUUCUGUAACUACUGGGUGAAGAUGGAGGAAAGUAGCGUAGAGAGUGGAAGGUUAGAAAACGUAUCUGUACAAAUAAGGGGGAAAGUGGGGAAUAAAAUUCCUACUUGGUGUGAUGCCUGUGGCCCAUGGAAUUUUGAAACUGAAAUGGCUUUGAGAAUGAACACUUUUGAAAUGAUAAGACCAGGGAACCAAAAUGCUGACAGAGAGGUUUCCAAAGCAAAGUCAUGCCCAGACAGCCUCUACCAUAAGCAGAUGCCUAAAAGUUGGCCACGUAGACAAGGGAGCAUCAGCAAGUACUCAUCUCCCUUCAAGCACACUGUUAAGACCUGUCAUAUUUAAUUGUGCCAUUUAAUGCUUAUACGAUGACAAGAUACCCUAACCUAAAGCAAAUGACAUGUAACUUUGCUUAUGAAGUUGGUAACUCUAGUGUAUUAUAUUGCAAACAAAUCGUAACUUGGAGACUAUAGUUAAGAGACCCAGCUAUAAUUAUGGAAACAUCAAUAAGCAAAUUAUGGCCAGCUUCUGCCCUAAACCAAAAAUUGACAUCCAGGGGAAAUGGAGAGGCUGCCUGCCCUACUUAAUGUAUCAGAUGAAGGAAAGGUGAAAUACAUGAAGGUACUCCUUCUGCCCUGUCCAAUUAGGUUCUAGAUCUAAAUGUGAUCUCUUCACACAGCUACGCUAACUAACAGGAUUAUUCCCUUUAGGCAUCUUGUGUCAAAUCACCGAUGCUGCUCAUCCUUGGAUAUUCUGGCUUUCAUGUUCUCGAUCCUUGCUUUAGAGCAGGACAUUUAGACCAAGGCUUAUAGAUAUCAACCUUAUGGAGUCCUUUGGCACAAUGAUAUUUGUCCCUUCAGUUUCAGUUCAGUCGCUUAGUCGUGUCCAACUCUUUGUGACCCCAUGAACCACAGCACACCAGGCCUCCCUGUCCAUCACCAACUCCCGGAGUCCACCCAAACCCAUGUCCAUUGAGUCGGUGAUGCCAUCCAACCAUCUCAUCCUCUGUUGUCCCCUUCUCCUCCUGCCCUCAAUAUUUUCCAGCAUCAGGGUCUUUUCAAAUGAGUCAGCUCUUUGCAUCAGGUGGCCAAAGUAUUGGAGUUUCAGCUUCAACAUCAGCCCUUCCAAUGAACACCCAGGACUGAUCUGCUUUAGGAUGGACUGGUUGGAUCUCCUUGCAGUCCAAGGGAUUCUCAAGAGUCUUCUCCAACACCACAGUUCAAAAGCAUCAAUUCUUCAGCGCUCAGCUUUCUUUAGAGUCCAACUCUCACAUCCAUACAUGACCACUGGAAAAACCAUAGCCUUGAUUAGAUGGACCUCUGUUGACAAAGUGAUGUCUCUGCUUUUUAAUAUGCUGUCUAGGUUGGUCAUAGCUUUUCUUCCAAGGAGUAAGCAUCUUUUAAUUUCAUGGCUGCAAUCACCCUUCUCAAAAAUGACAGGAUUUAUCUCUUUGCCCUCACUGCCAAAUCCUAAAAAAGAGUGAAGUCACUCAGUCAUGUCUGACUCUUUGUGACCCCAUGGACUGUAGCCUACCACGCUCCUCUGCCCAUGGGAUUUUCCAGGCAAGAGUACUGGAGUGGGUUGCCAUUUCCUUCUGCAGAGGAUCUUCCCAACCCAGGGAUCAAACCCCGGUCUCCCGCAUGGUAGGCAGAUGCUUUACCGUCUAAUUUUUCCAAAGUGGCUAUUCCUUCUUUUCAUUCUAUGGAUUCAGAGGGAAGGAGUGGAGUGUCAUGGUUCCAAUGUGGGCCUGGGGGUCUCCUGGGAGGCGGAGCAGUGAGACUCAGUCUUAGUUACACUGAUGCUUAUGUGGAAAGAUACGGAGUCUUUCUCAGGGACCCCAAAACCAUCAGCACAUCUCUUCCUGCUGGAUAAAUUGUGAAGUCAUAAAUCAAUGGAUAUAGUUAGACAUGGAAAGGAUUUUGGAGGACAUUUUAGCUCCCCUCAGCCUGUAUCUGGAAAGACUAAGACCAAAAGAUGUAAAGGGAUCCACAGAAAUACCAGUCAUUACCCUGAUGCUCCUAUAAACAGAAACAUACUCAAAGUCUUCAAGAGAGUUAGGCACUUUAUCUCUUAAAUGAAACUAGUUUGUCUCCGAAUUAACUUAGUAGAUUCUAAGCAAUUUUAACAUCUUGAGGGGAUGUUCAUUCAUUGUUUGUUUAUCCAUGGCAUGUUUAGAUCUGACUUUCUUUUUAUGCUGAAAUGUAUCCUUCACGAUAAGGAACAAGGGGACAAGGCAUGUCCAUGUUCCCUUGUUCAUAAAUUGCCUCUUGCUGCAUAAAUUGCCCUAAUUUGUAAGAGAGACUAUGGCAACCUUCUCAAGCAGCAGUAGAUGAAGCCACUGUGGAGGGCAAAAUAAGAGAGUGAAAUAUUUUUACCGGCUGUUACUUAUGAAAGAGAAAAUCUCCAUUCUUUGGGGGAAAUUCUCCAGAUUUUUUAAAAGGUGAAGAUAAUUCCAAACUCAUUUUUUCUAGCACUUGGUAAAGGAUCAAUGUUUCAUGACUCUAAAAGAUACUAAACUCUUGAUUAUCCAGGCUUUUAAGGGAAUAUACGGCACAGGUUACCCAAAAUAAAACAAUGAGAGACUCCAUUCAGGUCAAAUCCCCUUAUGAAUUCCCCCUCAAUAAAAAAUCUUAUUAGAAAUGGAAGUUUUCUAAGCCCAAGAUCAUGCCUGUUCAUUUGCUUUGUCGUGCCAACUGAUUUUUUUUAUUCUGUGAACACCCUUUGUCAAGGUGCAUUCUAGUUACAGCAUCCUGGACGGUCGCUCUGAAAGCAUUAACACCUUGCCUUAAGAGACCAGUUAGGGACUUACCUGUGGCCCAGGGGCUAAGACUCUGUGUUCCCAGUGCAGGGGGCCCAGGUUCAAACUCUGGUCAGGGAACUGGAUCCUACACAUCACAACUGAAGAGUUCACAGGCCACAACUAAAGAUCCCGCAUGCCGAAACAAAGAUCCCAUGUGCCAAAAGCUAAGACCCAGAGUGGCUAAAUAAAUAUUAUAAAGAAAAGAAAAGGAGAGAGAAGUUUAUCCCCUUAAAUGGCUUAAACUCAAGCACAAGCACCCCUGGAGCCAUGAUCACACUUGGCUCUGACUCUGUGCCCCUCAGGGAUGGGGGACCCUGACCUGUUACUGGACCACAGUUGCUUCAGGAUGGGAGCAGAGGUACAAGCACCCCUGGCAUAGAACACUGCCUAUCUGCUCUGCCUUACGAUGGGUGUCACUAGAUUGGACACAGCAUCCCAGAAGAUCCACCAAAAAUGGCAAUUUAAUCUGCACAUGGCCUGAUCAUGGGAGGAGAAGUGAGAGGGAAAGAGCCAGGUAACUAUUGUAACUAAGAGACCAGCUGAGUUUGGCAAUGGUGGAGUGUGGCUUUUUCAGCUCUGGUGGGUAACCUCCAGCCUCCUGCUGCUGCUGCAUCCCUGUCCCCUCCCAGCACUGACUUCUAAGGCAUCUGGAGGCCCUGAGCCUCAGGCCAUUGCUCAGCUGUCCAUACCUCGUGUCCAGCUCUGCUCCCAGCUGCCAGUGUUAAUUUCAAGAGAUGUUUUCAAUUGUCACAACCAUUUGCCUUUUUAUAGGAGUCAUUACAAAGCUUGAAAACAUCAGGUAUCAUAUUUCUUUUUCAAAGAAGGUAGCUUUAAAGUCAGAAAAAUCUAACUUCACAUCGGCAUUUCUUGGCCUUAUUAACUUAUUAAAGAAUCUUACAUUGACUCUACAAAACCUACAGCAGGCCUCUCUCUGCUGGGACAGCCAACGUGACUAUACACGUGCUUGGGCUUGAUGGUAUUUUCAGGCCAGGAUAUUGUUAUUACUUCUCAUUUAUUAAAGGCUGGCCCAGGGCUGAUGUCUUGCUCAGCUAAAGAACAUUCAUCUCCCCUCUUGCCCACUCUCAAAAUAAAGGCUCAGAGAGGUAUCCAAUGGACCAGAACCAUUCUUUUGUCUGUUUACUGUACUUCAACCUGAGCUUCCUUAUCUUAACAGCAAGAGUUGCACUGUCAACAAACAGACCUCCCAGUUCCAAAGCGGGUAAAUUGCUCUUGUCAGGUCUGCACUGACCUUCUGCAAAGCGGUCCGCUGGUGUAAGCUGACAACUAAGGCGUGCUGAUUCUAACCUCCUCCUUACCUAGGCAGAGAAAACUUUCACUCAUCCAUGAGAAUGUUCUUUACAUUUUUCUGGGGAUCAGCAAGGUGACAGGUGGCUUGCAAAGCCCAACAUGAUCAUUAUUUUUCUAAAUCAUCAUUGUUCCAGAUCUAGUUUUUUUUCCCCCUGAUAUUCACAUAGAUUCUUGUUUAACCAAACCUCCCACGUCCAAAAGCUAAUAAAAGUGUCAGGCAGACUGUUACAAAGAACUAUUGUUAUUUACAAGUCUACAUUUUCUGCGAAAUCAAAACAUAUUAAAGCAAAUUUUCAGUGUUGACUUUGUUAUUCUAAACUUGUGAUAGUCUUGCCAAAUCCUCUGGUAAAAAGAAGUUAUGGAAAUUA